AUGGUAAAGUGCUGGCAUCGGAUAUCGCGUGUCGCCGUGUCUCGCCUAGAAAGCCUUGAUCUGGUUGGGCUCGACAUCAUACGCUUACCGGCCAUCAUCAGCCUACUCCGAGGCGAAGCAGCUUGCCGGUUGUUGUUUGUUCUUGUGCGCCGCCGCCGCGUUAUUUUUGGAUUUUUGAUUGAAAAGGGCGGCUUACUUGCGUCUUCUGCCUGGACUGGCAGCGGAACCUUUCUGGCUGGCGGUCUUUUGGUACCUCCACUUCCCACCUUCUUUCGCUUCUCCUCGUCGCCCAAACGACUCAUAUACACUUCACACAGCUCCGCCUUACUUUGCUUGUUACGCCUACUACAUACACACACUCACCUGCAUCGACUCUCUCUCAUUCAUCAUAACCUCUUCACCCUCGCAUUUCCCACCAAGCUUUCCUCCUACUUCUCCGUCCGCAUCUUCUUCUUACAUGCAUAUCGUCGCAACUUCUACGCUUCCCUCGCGAACGCAGCUUCCGUCUACUCACAGGCCGUGUCCUUUACAGCGCCAGUGCUGCGAGGCAUGUCGCCGAAACUAAAGCCACUCCUGCUGCCGCAGUUGGUCGAGCAGCGCAAACGAUCCGACUCGGCCUCGCAGACUUCGAGCCCCGAUCCCAACGGCGGCGUCAUCCUUGGUCCCUGGCCAUACGUCUUUGACGCCCCCAAUUCCUCUUCCUCCGACAUCACAUCACCCGUCACGCCCACCUUCUCUACUCGUGGCCAUGUUCGCAUGUCGAGUUCCCAGUCCUCGCUCGACCUACCUCCGCUUCCCCAGGAUGGCUAUGUCUCGCCUUCAGUGCUCCCCAGCACCUUGACCAAGACUGCCACGCGCCAAUUGCCCGAUGUCGAGGAAGAGCCCCUUGAAAAAGAACAAUACCAGCACAUCGAAGACGACAUGUCCGACGACGACGAAGACAACUUUGGAUUGUAUAGCUACCUAUGUGACGAUGUUUGCCCUCGCGGCAACAGCUCCGAAGACCUCUUCGACGGUGGCCUUGUUGGCGACUUCGAUAUCGAAGACUACGAUGCUGGCUUUCUUAGCGACGGCGACAUCAACAUGAACGCCACGUACGGAAAGAAGAAGCGUGCUGGCAUCGAGUCGCAGCUGUCCGGCCUCACCGCCCGCCUUGAGUCCCGAUUCCCCAACAUUACCCGAUGGAGAUCCGGUCGUCGCUCACGUAUGGCAAGUGCUGGUACCAUGGAGUACAGCCUCGACAACGUCCUGUCUCGUGCUCCCUCCAGCCGCUCGUCUUCCAUCUCCGCCAUUGCCCGCCAGAACACAGAGGGAAUCAACGAGCAUUCUAUCCCACCUACGCCUGCACUGCCCUUUGGUAGCACCGAAAGCGUCAAUAUCCCAUCCUUGACACCCGUUUUGACCGAGCAUGACAGAACUAGCAUCCAGAGGGAUCGUGCCAUGGCCACUACGCCGCUUCUGCCGCCGCUGAUGACCGGUCCGCUAGGCAAGCCGCCACCCCAGUCGCCUCUCCAAUCGCCCACGAUCGAGUCAGCGCCUACGACGCCCAUGAUUUCUUCCACUGCCCAGUCAUCCCCGCCCUCAUCUGCAGUAUUUCUGCGGCCAUCGCUGAGCUGUCGCCCAUCGGUUCAAUCCCUCCGUAACGUCUCCAGCAACGGCGAGUCGCCACUUCCGCUACCCGUUACUCUGCCCUCGAUCUUGCAGGAACACGACGAGUGGUCUGAUCGUCUUGGUCAUGCCAAUUUUACAAUCUCGCCUGCACCCUACGAUCUCCCUGUCGUGAACCCGGAGACGAUUGCCAAGUUUCAGGGCGACUGGGACGCGGCGCGAUGCAACUAUACCAAGCACUUGGUGCGCACCGGUGAAAACUAUGGCCAGACGAGCAAGAUUUACGCCCUUACCGAAGCGAAGUGGGCCGAAACGGAGCGCCGUUGGAGAGGCGUCUAUAGCGAUGUCGUCAAGCAGACUAUGCCAUCUGUGCCGAUGCAAAAGUCCGACUCUCGCAGUCGCAGCCGUGGGCGCGCUCGAGGUCGCUCUGUCAGCGCCCACCCAGGGUCUGUGCAACACAGUCCCCAGGGCGACGCUUUUGCCGGCAUGGAGUGGAAGCGUCUCGAAGAGAGCAUGCCCAGCGCUGUGCCUCAGAUCCUUGAGGUCCUCGACGCUGCCCAGGGCAAGUUCCCCAACCGUGGCGACGAAGACAUUGUUGGCCCCAUGCACCGCGAAGCUUCCAUGGCUGGCGCGUACAACGAGGACUCUCGAUCACGCUUUUGGAAGAGCCUCGGUGCCAAAGUCGGCAUCCAUCGAUAA